UUUUAAUGAAUGCUGAAGGUGUUUCAAUGAAUGCUGAAGAUGUUUUUAUGAAUGCUGAAGGUGCUUUUUAUGAAUGCUGAAGGUGUUUUUAUGAAUGCUGAAGGUGUUUUUAUGAAUGCUGAAGGCGCUUUUAUGAAUGCUGAAGGUGUUUUAAUGAAUGCUGAAGGUUCUUUAAUGAAUGCUGAAGGUGUUUUUAUGAAUGCUGAAGUUGUUUUUAUGAAUGCUGAAGGUGUUUUAAUGAAUGCUGAAAAUGUUUUAAUGAAUGCUGAAGGUGUUUUUAUGAAUGAUGAAGGUGUUUUAAUGAAUGCUGAAUAUGUUUUAAUGAAUGCUGAAGGUGUUUUUAUGAAUGCUGAAGGUGUUUUUAUGAAUGCUGAAGGUGUUUUUGUUGUUGUUGUACAGGUCUCACUAAAUGAUGUAUGAUUGAGUUUACUAAAUCAUUCUGUGAUGAGUCUACUAUGUACCCUUGGGUGAAUCCUAACUUCCAUUGACAUCUAUCAAACUUCCAUUGACAUCUAUCAAACUACCAUUGACAUCUAUCAAACUUCCAUUGACAUCUAUCAAACUACCAUUGACAUCUAUCAAACUACCAUUGACAUCUAUCAAACUACCAUUGACAUCUAUCAAACUUCCAUUGACAUCUAUCAAACUACCAUUAACAUCAGUGCAUGACUAAGGGGAAAUGUGACUAAACAGAAGUUCAGAUGUAGGACUUCCCCCCCAGUAUAUAUUAACUGUGUAAUAUAUGUUUCUCUGUUCUGAUUCGACAUCAUGCUGCGGUUGGUAUCUUCAGGAAAUUUUCAAGAGUUACGACUCAGACCGCUCUGGAACUAUGAGUUCACAUGAGAUGAGAGGUGCUCUGACAGAAGCAGGCUUCCACAUCAACAGUGCAGUGCUGCAGGUCAUAGUGACUCGUUAUGCCAGCGCCCACUAUGCCAUCGACUUCCACUGUUUCGUGGACUGUCUCAUCAGAGUUGAAAUGCUCUUCAAUAUGUUUAAAACUCUGGAUACCAACACCUCUGGGAAGAUUGAGCUGGAUGUGUCCCAAUGGCUGUGCUGGCAAUCAACUAGACUCCCCAACGCCAGGAUGGAAUCAACUAGACUCCCCAACGCCAGGAGGGAAUCAACUAGACUCCCCAACGCCAGUAGUGAAUCAACUAGACUCCCCAGUAGUGAAUCAACUAGACUCCCCCAGUAGUGAAUCAACUAGACUCCCCCAGUGGUGAAUCAACUAGACUCCCCAGUAGUGAAUCAACUAGACUCCCCCAGUAGUGAAUCAACUAGACUCCCCCAGUGUGAAUCAACUAGACUCCCCCAGUAGUGAAUCAACUAGACUCCCCAGCGCCAGUAGUGAAUCAACUAGACUCCCCCAGUAGCGAAUCAACUAGACUCCCCCAGUAGUGACCGUGACAGCUGAAUUCUAUAAAAUAGAUCAUGGUUUUGAGAUUAAAGAUUUUCUUUUUUUUUACUACAUUUUUCUUCUGUGAUAUUGUCACAUUUCUAGGAACAUUUCAAGUUCUAGUUUUGCACUAUUUGUAAACUAACUUUGAAUAUGGUUUACUCAUAAAUACUUGCUCAUUCUGUACGGGACUUUAAUAUGAACUAUUAAAAAAUGUGUUCGCUGU